GUUGAAUGCACAUUUUGAGGUGAAUCUUGAUUGCUCAGUCUCUCGAGCAGAAAUGUACUCUGAAUACCUCUCUACGUGUAGUAAAUUAGCUCGAGGUGGUAUCCUGACAUCAACUGGAUUUUAUAAAUGUCUGCGAACUGUCUUUCCAAAUCAUACAGUGAAGAGAGUAGAAGAUCCAAGUAACAAUGGUCAAGCACACAUACAUGUGGUAGGGGUGAAGAGAAGAGCUAUACCACUUCCCAUUCAGAUGUACUAUCAGCAGCAACCAGCUCCGUCUACCCCAGUUGUCCGGGUUGAUUCAAUUCCUGAUGUGUCUUCGUCUCCUUCGCCAGCAGGAAUCCCACAUGGGCUACCAAGCGUAGGAAAUCACUAUCAGAGGACCCCUAUUAACCAGUCUUCAACUUUGACAGCAACACAGAUGUCUUUUCCAAUUCAAGGUGUUCAUACUGUGGCACAGACUGUUUCUAGAAUUCCACAGAAUCCUUCUCUUCACACACAGCAGCAACAAAAUGCUCCAGUGACUGUUAUCCAAAAUAAAGGUCCAAUACCCUGUGAGGUAGUGAAGGCCACAGUAAUACAGAGCUCUGUUCCCCAGUCUGCAGUUCCUGUUACUAUUGCUGUAGGAGGAGCACCGCAAGCUUCUAACCAAAAUCACAGCACUACGGGACAACAGCCGUCUGUUACUGUUGUUAGUUCUCAGACGUUGCUUCACCACCAACCUGUAAUUCAACAACAGUCUCCGCUGCAUGCAGUGGUACCGGGACAGAUACCUUCAGGCACUCCUGUUACGGUAAUUCAGCAAGCUGUACCUCAGGGUCAUAUAUUUGGCAGAGUACAAAACAUACCAGCAUGCAGUUCAGCCGUUUCACAGGGUCAGCAGCUAAUCAGCACGUCGUCACAACCUGGGCAGACAUCGUCACAGCAGUCCUCUGCUGGUAACCAGCAACAAGACACGGUCAUCAUAGCACCCCAGCAAUACGUCACAACCUCUGCGUCCAACAUCGUUUCGGCCACCACGGUUCAAAAUUUCCAAGUAGCAGCUGGGCAGGUGGUUACAAUUGCGGGUGUCCAAAGCCCACCGACUUCUAGGGUGGGCUUUCAGAACAUCGCACCGAAGCCCCUGCCAUCUCAGCAGGUUCCACCUGCCGUGGUACAGCAGCCGAUGCAGCCACAGCAGCAGCCUCCACCACCAUCCCAGCAAAGCGUAGUGAUUGUGAGCCAGCCCGCUCAGCAAGGCCAGACGUACGCGCCAGCCAUUCAUCAGAUCGUGCUUGCUAAUCCAGCCUCUAUUCCCGCUGGUCAGACUGUCCAGUUGACUGGGCAGCCAAGCAUUACUCCAUCUUCUUCACCGUCCCCAGGUCCGGUUACGAAUAAUCAAGUCCCUACAGUUAUGUCGUCUUCAUCUACCACUCCUCAGUCGCAAGGACCCCCUCCUACUGUCAGCCAGAUGCUUUCUGUAAAGAGGCAGCAGCAGCAGCAACAUUCACCAGCGUCAUCGCAGCAGCAGGUACAGGUACAACAACCGAUACAAAUGCAAGUUCAGUCACAGCAAGCUAGUACAGGAGUUGGCCAGCCUAACUCUGGUGAGUCUAGUCUGAUAAAACAGCUGCUUCUUCCGAAAAGAGGCCCCUCGACUCCCGGGGGGAAGCUUAUUCUCCCAGCUCCACAGAUUCCUCCACCGAAUAAUGCGAGAGCUCCAAGCCCUCAGGUGGUCUAUCAGAUGGCCAAUAACCAGGCACCAGGUUUCGGAGUUCAAGGACAGUCUCCAGCUCAGCAGCUGCUGGUCGGGCAGCAAAACGUCCAGCUGGUCCCGGGUGCGAUCCCGCCCCAAGGAGCAGUACAAACAGUACCCAUUUCUAAUUUGCAGAUAUUGCCAGGCCAGUUGAUCUCGAACAGCCCAGCGACUAUUUUCCAAGGGACUACUGGCAACCAGGUUACGAUAACAGUUGUGCCAAAUACGAGUUUUGCUACUGCAACCGUGAGUCAGGGAAAUGCAACUCAAAUCAUUGCUCGCAGUGGAGCACAGACAGGAGUUGGGCUGCAGGUUCAAACGCUUCCAGCUACUCAAGCACCUUCAGCUGGACAAUCACCGUGUACUGCUGCUCCCCCGUUCAAAGGUGAUAAAAUAAUUUGCCAAAAGGAGGAAGAGGCAAAGGAAGCAACAGGUUUACACAUUCACGAACGUAAAAUUGAAGUUAUGGAGAAUCCUUCCUGCCGAAGAGGAGCUGCAAACACCAGCAAUGGGGAUGCAAAAGAAAAUGAAAUGCAGGUGGGAAGUCUUUUAAAUGGGAGAAAGUAUAGUGACUCCAGUCUACCUCCUUCUAACUCAGGGAAAACUCAGAAUGAGGCCAAUCAGUGCUCACAAGUCAGUAAUGGGCCGUCAUUAGAAAUGGGUGAGAACGGAGCUCCUGGAAAGCAGAACUUUGAACAAAUGGACACACAGGAAAUUAAAAGUGAUUUGAAGAAGCCCCUAGUUAAUGGAAUCUGUGAUUUUGAUAAAGGAGAUGGUUCUCAUUUGAGCAAAAACAUUCCAAAUCACAAAACUUCCAAUCAUGUAGGAAAUGGUGAGAUAUCUUCAGUGGAACAACAAGGGAAUUUGGAUGCCACGCAGCAAGAUACUGCCAAAGGUGAUCAAGGGGAAAGAAUUUCUAAUGGGCCUGUAUUAACUUUGAGUAGUUCACCUGUUGUAAGCGGUACACAGGAGGCUGCAAAACUGUUAACCCAGCAACUUAGUGGUACCAACACUGAUUUACCUAAUGGACCUCUAGCUUCAAGUUUGAAUUCAGAUGUGCCUCAGCAACGCCCAAGUGUAGUUGUCUCACCACAAUCUACAGCCUCUGUUAUACAGGGGCAUCAAAUCAUAGCAGUUCCACACUCAGGACCUAGAGUGUCCCAGUCUACCCUGUCAUCCGAAGUUCGGUCUACUAAUGGCACAGCAGAAUGCAAAACUGUAAAGAGGCCAGCAGAGGAUAAUGACAGGGAAACUGUUCCAGGAAUUCCAAAUAAAGUAGGAGUUAGAAUUGUUACAAUCAGUGACCCCAACAACGCUGGUUGCAGCGCAACUAUGGUUGCUGUGCCAGCUGGAGCGGAUCCAAGCACUGUAGCGAAAGUAGCAAUAGAAAGUGCUGUUCAACAAAAGCAGCAGCAUCCAACCACGUACAUACAAAGCAUGGCCACACAGAGCACACCUGCAACGUCGAUUCCAACAGUGCAAGUACAGGGCCAGCAGAUCAGUUUGCAGCCCCCGGCCUACACUGCAGCAAGUCAGCAUGCAGAGCAGAUGAAAAAACCUGGACAGAACUUCAUGUGUCUGUGGCAAUCUUGUAAAAAGUGGUUUCAGACGCCAUCGCAGGUUUUCUAUCAUGCAGCAACUGAACACGGAGGAAAAGACGUCUACCCGGGGCAGUGCUUAUGGGAGGGAUGUGAACCUUUCCAGCGGCAGAGGUUUUCCUUCAUUACCCAUUUACAGGAUAAGCACUGUUCCAGAGAUGCUUUGCUUGCGGGAUUAAAGCAAGAUGAACAUGGACAAGCAGGAAACCCGAAGCCUGCCAAUAAGCAGCCAGCUGUAGGGGGUACUGCUUCUACUCCCAGAGCACAGAAGGCCAUUGUGAAUCAUCCGAGUGCUGCCCUAAUGGCAUUAAGGAGGGGAUCAAGAAACCUUGUCUUCAGAGAUUUCACAGAUGAAAAAGAGGGACCAAUAACUAAACACAUCCGAUUAACAGCUGCCUUAAUAUUAAAAAAUAUUGGUAAAUAUUCAGAAUGUGGUCGCAGAUUGCUAAAAAGACAUGAAAAUCAUCUAUCAGUGCUAGCCAUUAGUAAUAUGGAAGCUUCCUCCACACUUGCCAAAUGCCUUUAUGAACUGAAUUUCACUGUCCAGAGUAAAGAACAUGAAAAAGACUCUGAGAUGCUGCAGUGA